AUUGUGUUCACCUUACUCACUCUCUCCCUCCCCUCUUCUCUAUUUACCGAGCUUUUCACUACAAGAAAAUGCACUUUUAGCGACCACUUUGUCUUUCUCUCGCUCAUCACUCUGUCUCUGUCUCGAUUAGCACAUAUGACUGUAAGCCUUGUGGUGGUGAUACCACAGAGCAACUCAUCAAUAGCCAUAGGCUAGGGCUAGGGCUCCACAUCGAUUAAGUUGCCAUUAGUUUGACUAAUUUUAUGGUGGGUCCACUGUCGUUCUAUGGAAACAAGCCGACCACGCUUGAUCUUAUUCUUAGGCUGGGGAUUAGAGUUGGUGGAGCCUCCACUGCUGGCUUUUCGGCUUUGUUUACUUCCAUUAGAGAUGGGCUUCAUGUUGCGGUGGCCAGUGGCGGAGCCAGGAAAUUAUGUUAGAGGGGACAGUUAUUAAUUAUAAAUUGUUAUUUUUAAAAAAAUCAUGAUCAAUAUAAAGAUAAGAAUAAUUUUAUAAUAGUGUGUAAUACAUCGGUACGGGAUGGUAAUGUUAGUUUCUAAUUUUGGCACAAAAAUUCACCAGGUUUCAAAAUUCCUAAUUUUAGAAAAUAAAAACACAUCAUUUAUAGCACAAAAUAUUAUAAAACUAUUUAAUUUUUAUUUGACAAAAAAUUUUAAACAUAUCUUAUUGGUUAUAAAUGAUGUGCUUUGAACGUAAAUUAUUACAUAGUCUUCGAGUACCAUAUGGUGUUGCCUAUGUGAUGCUCAAAAUAUGAGAAAUCACAAUUUACACUAAAUAGUUUGUCAACUACUUUAAAAUAAUGACUUAAUUAUAUUCAAUCCAUAAGAUGUCGUACUAUACUAUUGGUUUAAACUACUACGUAAAUACAUUUUGUAUAUACCCACACAACAAAAACAAAAAAAUUUCAAAAUUGGAAACAUUUGAAAAAAAAAAAUUAGUUGAUAAUAUUGGAAACAUCUGUAAAAUUGUAAUUGGAAACAUCUGUAAAAUUUUUAGCGACCAAGAUUUGGUCGCAGAUCUUGAAACGACCCCGUUUUGAAUGUUAUUUAAGUAAAUGUUGAUUCAAUACCGACCAAACAGUUUAGUAGGGAAAAAAUUGCCCUAUUACCCGAGUGAAUUUUUCAAACUCUUUAUACAGUCACUCCCGCGCACCACUUCCGCGCACCACUCCUCAUACGUACCUCAUCGUCGAUUCUCCUGCUCGAUUGUGUUCAACAAAGUUGCUCCUCCUCCAUCAUCGCAGUCGCCUGUGUCGAUUUUUCGACCAAGCAUCAGCGGCGCUUCGAGAAGUACUUGGGCCUCCAUUGUUAGUACCACCAUCACCAUUUUUCCGCUACAACCAGUUCGCCUGUCUUCAAACAACCCCGACAUUAGAAUGGCUCCUGCGAAAAAGAUGCGCCGUAUUCCUUUACCAAAGAGGGCAUUGAUUGAACCAUACUCAUCCCCGACCGAUACACCUACACCUGCUCUUGAAGGUGUUGCAGCAGAUGGAUCUCAGACUAUUGCACCAUCUCCGUCUGAAAGUAAUGCAUUGUCAAGAUCUAAGACUGUUGCACCAUCUCCAUUUGAAACUAAUGCACGAGCUGAUCCAUAUAUGCAAUAUCGAUGGACUGUUGCUGAUCCAGCGACAAAAGGGGCUGUUGUACAAGCUGUCCGGGAUAAAUUUGAGAUUGGGGAGAAUUACGAGGAGAAUUCACUAUCCCAUCAAGUUGUGGAAAGGAAGUGUUAUGUGUUACAUAAAGAUUGUAAGCGUCGCUACGACACCGGGAAACUUAAUAGGAGCAAGCUACCCUACAAUCACAGUAGUGGGUCGCGAUCUUUUCCGGCGGCGAUGAGCAUUGAGGUGAAGGAAAAUGGUGGCUUCUUGCCAGAUAUUUGCGAUUUCUACAAGGACACUCAUCAGAAUAAGAAGACAAAAGAAUGGAUUGAUCCUAUAUGCGGUGCUCUACAUGAGCAAAUGACGAUGGUGCGAGAUGAGUCUAUCGAGUCUGGAACGCUCAUGACACAAGAGAAUAUAUCAAGAGUGGUUCUUGGGAAGAAGAAGGGAUACCUGAGAGGUUUUGGGGUCGGACCAAAGCCCUCGUCUUGUGAUUCUGGGUUGAAUGCGGCAUCACAAGCACGAGAGGAGCACUUGAAAAGGCUUACAUCCGAGUUGGAGAUACUACGUGCGGAGCAGCAGAGUGACCAUGAGGAGCAUCAAAAAAAAGAAGAGGACCAACAAAUAAAAGAUGCAGAGAAUGCAAGACAACGUCAAGAGAUGCAGGGGCAGAUUUUUGGACUUGAAGGCAUGGUGGCGCAAGUUUUGGAAAUGCUCAAUCCAUCAAAGUCCCCACCAUAGCUACUCAUGGUAAUGGAUGGAUGAUCUCGUGCACGAAGCUAAAUUGUACAGGACUAAUUGGCAGUAUAAGCAUUUUUGGAAGGAAUAUAUAUUUUUGGAUAAAUGUAUGUAUGGAAAAGAUUUGGGUGGACUAGUAGUUAUAUUUUUGGAUAGACUAGUAGUUAUAUUUUUGGAUGGAUGUGUAUGGAAAAUAUUUGGGUAGAUUACUAGUGUGUAUAUUUUUUGAUGGAUGCGCAUGGAUAACAAUUUAAAACAUAAUAACAAGUAAUUGUUAUGUUUUAAAUUGUUAUGUUAGAUGGAUGUGACUUGGAUGAUUAUAUAGAUUACAAGUGGAUUUUUAAUUGGGGGAAUAUGUAGUUUGAAAUUACUUGUGGAUGAAAACUUAUAAUAGUUGAUGACUUUCAUUAAACAGGUUCAA